UCAUAAUGCAAAGUAGUUCUUAUAUUAACAUACUCAUACUACCAUGAACAGUAGACCCAAUUAUAAAGUGUUACACUAUUAUGACACUUUAAAGAUCAUAUCUUACAAUAUGCUGAAUAAGAACUGAUUUUGUAAUUAGUUUCACAAAAGAGUAGAAAGGGAUGCUUGGCUUGGCAAGUUGAGUGGGAGAUUCUUAUAUAUAAGGAGAGCGUGUUAAUUGGAAAAGUAUCAGUUCACCAUGAAGCUCUUAAUAAUUGUAUUGUUAAGUGUUAUUGCAUUUGCCUCAGCAGGUGUAACAAGAGAGAAGAGAUUCGAACACAAAGGAUUUGAAGAGUUUCAUCACGAGCCUGAGAAAAAGCACGAGCAUGAUGAACACCACGAGCACCACGUCAAGACCAUCACCGUCGUCAAGAAAGUUCCAGAGCCUUAUCCGGUAGAAGUUAUCAAGAAGGUACCAUAUGAAGUAAAAGUCCCAGUUGAUAAGCCCUACCCUGUCUACGUGCCGAAACCGUACCCAGUAUAUGUUGAGAAGAAAGUUCCAUACGAAGUCAAAGUACCAGUACCAAAACCAUACACUGUUGAAAAGAAAGUACAUUACGAAGUCAAAGUACCCGUAGACAAACCAUACCCUGUACAUGUUGAAAAGCCUUACCCUGUAUACGUCGAAAAGAAAGUCCCCUACACUGUAGAAAAGAAAGUCCCGUACGAAGUUAAAGUCCCUGUCGAAAAGCCAUACCCUGUCCAUGUACCAGUUGAGAAAAUAGUACAUGUACCUGUUGAAAAGGUUGUUCACUAUGAAGUCAAAGUACCAGUUGAGAAACCAGUCCCAGUGCAUGUCGAAAAACCUUACCCCGUCUACGUCGAGAAGAAAGUUCCUUACACUGUUGAAAAGAAGGUCCCUUAUGAGGUCAAAGUUCCAGUGAAAAUCCCAAUUGAAGUGCCAUACAAAGUUGAAGUAAAGAAACAUCAUCACCACCACCAUCAUCAUCACCAUGAUCAUCACGGUCAUCAUGAAUCUUUUGACUUCUAAAAUGUAUGCACGGAAAAGAUCUUUUGUGAAAAGUAAAUUUAAUAUUUUCGUAUUUUCUAAAUAAAUUGCU